UGACCACAUGGUGAUUGUAUACAAAGUAUAGGUUAUGUGUUAGCUGGUUGUUAGACAAGUUGAUUACAUUAGAAGUUUAUACAUGUUUUAUAUUUUUGUUACUAUUUAUUGUGUUGCCUUGUAAAUACUAAGAGAUGAAGAAUAAGCCACUUCGUCAUAAAGAAUCAAAUACCUUCAAGUUCCAGCCAUUUUCCGAGCGUAUCUCAAAUGUCGACAUUGACGUGUUCCACCGUGUUGGCCACUUGAAUGAAAAUGAAGAAGAGGACAGCUUGACCUUUUUCUAUAAGACUUUACAAAAAUACAAUGAUCUAAAUCUGUCAAAGAGCUAUGAACGUUUGAAAAAGAACAUAGGCUAUGAUGUCCAAACGUUGCCUCAGCUGUUAGUACAGAAAAGAAGACUUGUUGAUGUUUUGUCUCAGUGUCUUGGAGAAGUGGAUUCAUUGUCAUUGCAACCAUGUCUGGAGUUGGUAGUCGCUUUAGCCCAAGACUUACGACAAGAAUUUUACCCUUUCUACCCAGAACUGCUGGCUAAAAUCUUGAAUUUAUUACACACAAAAGACGCUGACCAGUUAGAAUGGGCUUUCACUUGUCUUGCCUACUUGUUCAAGUAUUUGUGGAGAUUCCUAGUCAGGGACCUGGGUGAUGUGUUUGAACAGUUGCUACCUCUUCUGAGCUCCUCCAGACCUCAAUACGUGAACAACUUUGCUGCUGAGAGUUUUGCUUUCGUAGCGAGAAAAGUCAAGGACAAAAGAAAUUUCUUGAAGCUGAUUCUAAAAAAUUUAAAGAGAACAAAAGAUGGUGUGUCUGGUUGUGGAAAGCUCUUAUCUGAAGUGGUAUGUGGCGUUCAAGGUCAAUUCCACACUUGUGCUGAGACGUGGUUGCAGUUCCUCUUUGAAUCAUUAUCAGAUCAAGGAUUACCAAAUGGUCUGCUCCUGGAAGUGUUGGUUCAUACAGUCACAUCAAUUGCAAGCACUAUAUCAGCAAAACACAGCAAAUUAUUCUGGGAUAUCCUUCAAGAGCUGUUGACCAAACAAGCUGCAGUGUGGAAAGACAAGAAAACUGAGUGUAACUCGAACAGCAUUGCUCACAUUCUCCAGCUGAUAUUGACUGUGUUAAACCACAAGCAGUGUUCUUUGUUGGUCAACCCGGUCGAGUUUGUCAAGACUCUUGUCAACCUGACAGGAAACUGGCCCUCUGAAGUAACCAUGUUGUUAGUUGAUAUUUCUAGUGCGAUCCUGCUCUCCCCAAGAGUCAGGUUGCCUCAAGAUCUGACGAUAGUUUUGACAAAAAAGAUAUUAUCAUCAGGAGACUGGAAUGCAGUAAAGCACUUUGUUAGUCGUACAUUGCCAUACUCUGGGUUUGAGAUGCACAUCUUGCCAAGCUUUCUUCAACAGUGUGAAGAUGAAGACUUUAAGGAUGUGCUCCUUCAGUUGACUAAAGUGAUUGUUUUCAAAGUACCUCCUGCCAAAUCUUUCAGUGAGCUCAAAAAUAAAGCUAUCUAUCCCCUUCACUCUUCUCUCCAGUGGAAAGAAAACAUCAUUGAACAACUACUACAAUUGUUGGACAGAAAAACUAUAGAAGAAAUCGAGAGAAACAAAGAGGACAUUAUUCAAGCGUUAAUAAUCCUUCCAAAUUUGGUUUUGAAAAACUCCAAGAAUGCUCUACAGAUAGAGAUGUUGACAUCUCAAUUAGUAAAUGUGGUAAUCCAGCAAUGCUCUGACGACAAGGGAUCAUUGCCCUCAAUGUUGCUUCUACUGUCCCAAGCUAUGAGUGCAAUUUUUCUUGUUUGUGAUAAAAGCGAAUAUGAAAACAUAGAAUUUGAGAACAUAGUCAGUGCUCUUCUUCCUUUGAUGAGAACCCACGUGUUGGCUCUUCAGACAUUGGAAAUUUUGGUAAACAUUGCCACAACAGAGGUGUUAAAAGAUAUUUCUGCAACAUUGAUGGAUGAACUUGUUGAUAAUCUUGCUUCUCCAUUUCGUCAGAUAAGAUUACUGAGUGCUAGCAUCCUGCAAAGUUUACAAACAGAUGCUGGUGAAGAUCUAUACAAUAUGCUAUCAAUAAUUGUGUCAGCUGAGGGUAUCGGAGCGACUGUUCAUGAGUACAGGGACAAGCUGCGACAGCUGCAAAUGCUAGAGUGUCCCGACAAUCCUGAGCGCCAAAGUCACUUCAAGGUCGCUCUUAACUAUCUGUUGGGUAACCUCUAUGUCAACUUCAAGCUGCUAUGGGAACCUGUAUCCAAGCUGGUGGUGACAUAUGCCAAACACAUGCCAGCUGCCCAGUUCUGGCCGGUGUUUGUUUCCCGUCUCAACCUCGUUGUGCAGCAGAUACAACUGGGAGUGUCCACUGGAGAUAGCCACAAUUAUAUCUGUGAAGUGUUGGUUGAGGCAAGCCAGAAUCUGACAAAAGUGGAAGACCGCCCCGAUGUUUUUAAUCACAGGCUCCUUUUGUGGCGACUGAUGACGAAUUUUCCAGAAGUCUGUGAGGAAAAGAACAGAGAUAUUGUUGUCUUGUUUCUUGACUUUUUGAAAUCUGAAUACUACAGAAUCAGCCCAGAUGAAAUGACCACUUGGAAUAUAAAACAAGGGAAUAGAAAGGAAAACACGCAGGUCACUGACAAUAUAGACAGUAGCGAUCAGUAUAAUAAUGAAGAAAAAAUGGAUAUAGAAAAUGAUAAUGAGGAUCCAGAUGAAACACAAGAUUCUGACACGGAAGAGCCAACCAAUGAAAACUUUGUCCCUGGUCGGAGCGCAUCUAAGAGUUUAUUGGCUCAUCUCGCUGUAUUUGGACGGCUACGUAACCCUAGAUCGAUGUUCAGAGAACCGGAACUGAACAAAGCUUAUCACGAUCUGUUGACGCAUAAAAAUCCAGAUAUCCAGAAAGCAGCUUUGGAUUGUAUUAUGACCUACAAAUACAAAUACCUUGUUCCCUACAAGGACCACCUCUAUGGAUUGAUUGAUGACAAGACUUUCAAGGACGAGGUGACGCUGUUUAGAAUCGACACAGAUAAUGAUUUGAUUCGCCCAGAGCAUAGAGCUGAACUUAUUCCAGUUGUUUUAAGGAUUGUGUACAGCAAAAUGCUGAACAGAAGUGGUGUCAGAACUGGGAGCAAAUCGGCCAAGCAAGUUCGUCGCUCUAUAGUGUUUCGUUUCCUAGCAGGGUGCAAGCAUGAAGAGCUGCUAUUUUAUCUGCACAUGGCUUUCAGGCUUUACACUCCAACUGUGCAAGAGAAUGUGGGUGCGAUGGUAUCACACAUCCAGGACUCCCUGAAUUUGUGA